AUGGAUGUUCAAAUGGAAAGGCUGAGAGCGGGGCUUGGGCCGCCAGCGCCGAAGUUUCCCUUUGGAAGCGCUUGGAUCCCGAGCACGGCACCCAUUCUAAGUGAAAAUGUCGAAACGGUGCAGAGACGGGCCGGAUCUGGAAGGUCUGAUGAGCUGCAUCAUCCUCAUAACAAGUACAAACACGCUCGCUUCGAGGAUUUUACCAACAAACGGGAGAUUGGCAAAGGAAGGAACACCGUGAUCUACAGCGCUGUCUGCACGCGAACAAACGAACGAGUCGCCAUCAAGACGCACACCCGCAAGGCCCUCAGUGCCAUCGACUUGCACCGCAUCAAGCGCGAGUGCAAGCUGCUGAGAAUGCUUCGCCACGAACACAUCAUCAAGUGGCUCGGGAUCUUCGAAGACGCAGACUGCAUCUACCUGGUUCAAGAGCAUGCCCCUGGGGGCGACCUCUUCGAGCAUCUCAAAAAAUGGGGCGGACGGAUGCCGGAGAAGUGGGUCAUCACUCAGGUGCUCAUUCCCCUCAUGAAGGCUAUGCGGGAGAUGCACAACAAGGGAGUGGUCCACAGGGACAUCAAGCCGGAGAACAUCCUGGUCGCCGCGGACGAGACGAUCAAGCUGUGCGACUUCGGGCUCGCGAUCAACGCGCGCGCAGAGCGUCCCGCGUCGCGCCUGGGGACGCUGCAAUACAUGGCCCCCGAAGUGGUCAAGCGGCCGUUCCAACGGCCAAAGGACAUGAGUAAAGUCGAGGCAUACGAUGAGAAGGUGGACAUGUGGGCGUGCGGAGUGCUGGUGUACGAGCUCAUCGUGGGCUAUCCACCGUUCGAUGGGGACGACGACGACAUCGUAACGGCGGACAUCAUGCACCGGGAUGUCAAAGAGAUGCCCGACUGUCUGUCCCCGGAAUGCAGAAACCUGGUGCUAGGGUUGCUCCAGAAGCGCCCCUCCGACCGCCUCAGCCUCGAUCAGCUGUGGCAGCACCCGCUCGUCCUCCGCCACUCCAAACCCGAGGACCUCAAACCCGCGCGGAGCGCCCGCGUCGCGUCGUCGAAGCCGCGGCCGGGGCCCGACCGCGCGGUCGACCGCAGCCGCAUCUCUGACGCGGAUUCCUCGAAAACCCUCAACUCACCUCCGAGCGUGCUCCAAGCCGCGCGCGCCAGCGCCGACGAAAUUGCGCAGCCGCCGCAGCCGCCCUUUGAAGACCCGAAUCCGCCGGCCGCGGUCGCGGCCGCGCCCGGGGUGACCGACCUCAUGGCCCGGUUGACGCUCUCCUUGAAAACGCACCUGCACGCCAGCCUGACGCAAGAUGCGCAGAUGAAUGCGCAGAUGAGUGAGGCCGCACCGGAAACGGCGGCCGCGGAAGCGGCCGCCGAACCCCCUUCCCCGGUCACUUCCCCCGAUAUCAUUUCUCGUUCUCCGGGAAAUACGGCGACCAACCUCCAGGCGUGGCAGUUCCUCCGGUCGAUCUCGACCCAACCGGGGGGUUCGGGGACCACGCAGGCGCGCCGGCCCCAGGUGCACGCCCCGGGGACUUCCUGGGCGUGGCUCCGAGAGCCGGCCCGGAAGGCCGCGCCCCGAGCGGAACCGGACUGCCCCCGGACGUGGUACAUGUACCGGAUCCUGCCCGGGGGGCGGCGCAAGAGCCACCAAGCGGUCCGCAUAAGAAGCCGCAGCUGGGGGCAACGGGAACGGCCGAGAAAGGGGGGGCGGCGCGCGCUGGCAUACGGACGGGGGUUGGUCAGCUCGUCGGCGGUGCUCGACCGGCGGAACACGAGUUGGAGCGGAACGGAGAGCGAUCCGGAGACUUCCGUUUCGCCCGUUGGAAAGCGGCCGGAGCGGCGAGGGGACUCGCCGGACAGAGGCGGGCCGGUAGAAGAAGCGGUCGGUUGCGGCGACCGGGAUGGGAUCACAAUCGCCGGAUUGAGAUUGUCGGCGGAACGUGACGACGGUUUGGCUGAGGCGCGCGCGGACGCUUUGAAGGAUGCGCGCGCGGACGGCACGGGGGAGGAGACGAUGGAGGUGGAAGAGGAGCAGACGGCGCCAGGGCUGCCGAGCCCCGGGUUCUUGAGGCCGUUCCAAACUUGGUUCAAUUUCUUCUGA